AGAGUCUUGCUCUGUCACCCAGGCUAGAGCAUAAUGGUGUGAUCUUGGCUCACUGCAACCUCUGCCUCCCAGGUUCAAGUGAUUCUCAUGCCUCAGCCUCCCCAGUAGCUGGGAUUACAGGCACCUGCCACCAUGCUGGGCUAAUUUUUCUACUUUUAGUAGAGACGGGUUUUCUCCAUGUUGGCCAGGCUGGUCUUGAACUCCAGACUUCAGGUGAUUUACCUGCCUCCGCCUCCCAAAGUGCUGGGAUUAUAGGCGUGAGCCACUAUGCCCAGCCUAAGAACCUGUAUAAUUAAAAACUUAAAAAUCUCUUCUUGGAUGUACUUAUGGGUAGCAGUAUAAAUACAACAUAAGCGUUUAGAGCUAUGUGGAAUCUUAUCUGGUUCAAAUUGCUUGCCUCAGAAGAAGUCCAGAAAUAUACAGUGCCUUCCUUAAUAUCACAUGAUAUGUUUCAGCAUCUGAUAUAUUGGUGUUGAGUACAUGAAUAGCUAUAUAUUGGUUUUUCUAACUCCUAUCCCAACAUUUAAGUCUGUAGCAGGAUUUAUAAAGAUAAUGAGAACUAUAGUUGCUCUUUGAACAAAAUUUGAACUGUGCAGGUCCACUUAUACAAGAACUUUUUCCAAUAAGUAUGUAGAAAAAUUUUUUGGAGAUUUGCAACAAUUUGAAUAAAUUGGUAAAUGAAUUGCAUUGCUUAGAAAUAUGGAAAAAAUUAAGAAAAAAUUAGGUGUGUCAUGAAUGUAUAAAAUGUUUAUAGAUACUAGUCUAUUUUAUCAUUUACUACCAUAAAAUAGACACAAAUCUAUUAUAAAAAGUUAAAAUUUGGCCAGGCAUGGUGACUCAUUCCUGCAAUCCCAGCACUUUGGGAGGCAAAGGUGGAAGAAUUCCUUAAGCUCAGGAGUUUGAGAUCAGCCUGAGCAACGUGGUUAGACCCUGUCUAAAAAUAAAGUUAAAAUUUGGCUGGCGUGGUGGCUCACGCCUGUAAUCCCAGCACUUUGGGAGGCUGAGGCGGGUGGAUCACAAGGUGAAGAGAUCGAGACCAUCCUGGCCAACAUGCUGAAACCCUGUCUCUACUAAAAAUACAAAAAUUAGCUGGGUGUGGUGGCGCAUGCCUGUAGUCCCAGCUACUUGAGAGGCUGAGGCAGGAGAAUCUCUUGAACCCAGGAGGCGGAGGUUGCAGUGAGCCGAGAUUGUGCCACUGCACUCCAGCCUGGUGACAGGGCAAGACUCCGCCUCAAAAAAAAAGAAGUUAAAAUUUAUCAAAACUUAUGCACACAAACACUUAAAGACCACACAUGAUGCCAUUUGCAGUCCUGAGAAAUGUAAACAAAUGUAAAGGUAUAGUACUGAAUCAUAACUACUUAAAAUUCACUGUUGUACAUACUGUACUACUUACUAUAAUAAUUUAAUAGCCACUUCUUCUUGCUAUUGCUGUGAGCUCAAGUUUUGCAGAUAUACGCUUAAAAUGCAAUGUGAUGCUAAUCAUCUCCACAUAAGCAGUUUGUCUCUCUGGUAAGUUGGAUAUGGCAGUAAAAAGUGAUCACUUGUGGUUCUUGUGUAUUUUUCAUCAUGUUAAGUGGAAUACUGUAAAGUUUGAAUAACACCAUGGCACCCAUAUGGAGUGCCAUUAAUCAUGCCAGAAGUGCUCCCAAGAAGCAGAGAGAAGUCAUGACAUUAGAAAAAAAAGUUCAAUUCCUUGAUAUGUACUGUAGAUUGAAGUCUGCAGCUGCAGUUGCUCACCAUUUCAAGAUAAAUGAAUACAGCAUAAGGAUCAUAAAAAAAAAAAAAGAAAUUUGUGAAGCCAUUUCUCCAGCUAUGCCAACAGGUGUAAAAACCUUGCACUUCUUGCUAAAUAACUUUUUAUCUUGUAUUGAAAAGAUACAGCUUCUCUGUGGGUGCAGGAUUGCUAUAAGAGAGGCAUACCUAUAGAUUCUAAUGUGAUUUGAGAAAAAAAGAAUUCAUGUGACACCUUAUAGCAAAAGAAAGGUGAAGGAUCUAAAGCUGGAUAAUUUUAUGGCAGCCAAGGAUGGUUUGAUAAUUUUGGAAAGAGAUGGCUUUAAAAUUGUCAGGAUAGGCUGGAUGUGGUGGCUCAUGCCUGUAAUCCCAGCACUUAGGGAACCUGAGGCAGGAAGAGCUCUUGAGACCAGGAGUUUGAGAUCAGCCUAGGCAACAUAGUGAGACCCUAUCUCUUAAAAAAAAAAAAAAAAAAAAUUAGCCAGGCAUGGUGAUGCAAACCUGUAGUCCUAGAUACUUGAGAAGCUGAGGCAGGAGGGUCACUUGAUCCCAGGAGUUUGAGGUUAUAGUGAGCUAUAAUCUUGUACCACUUCACUCCAGCCUGGGCAGCAGAUCAGGAGCCUGUCUCAAAAACAAACAAAAAAACAAAAAACAGGACGGGUACAGUGGUUCACACCUGUAAUCCCAGCAAUUUGGGAGGCCGAGGUGGGCAGAUCACUUGAGGUCAGGAGUUCGAGACCAGCCUGACUAACAUGAUGAAACCCUGUCUCUACUAAAAAUACAGAAAUUAGCCGGGUAUGGUGGCACAUUGACUGUAAUCCCAGCUACUCAGGAGGCUGAGACAGGAGAAUCAUUUGAACCCGGGAGGCAGAAGUUACAGUGAGCCGAAAUCACGCCACUACACUCCAGCCUGGGCAACAGAGCGAGACUACGUCUCAUAACAAAACGAAACAAAAAAAAAAACACCCCAAAACCCAGUCAAGAUAACAGUAAAUGCAGCAGAUAAGUUCCCAGAUGCUAAUAAGAAAAUCAUUGAAUUAUGGAAGCUCAAAACAAUAAAUUCCUGCCAGGUGUCAUGGCUCACGCCUGUAAAUCCUAGCACUUUGGCAGGCCAAGGCAGGAGGAUCACUUGAGCCCAGGAGUUCGAGACCAGCUUGGGCAACAUAGUCAGACCCUGUCGCUACAAAAAUAUAAAAUAAAAUAUGGUGGCACGUUACCUAGAAUCUUAGCUACUUGUGAGGCUGAGGUUGGAGAAUCCCUUAAGCCUAGGAGGUAGCGGCUACAGUGAGCUGUGAUUGUUCCACUGCACUCCAGCCUGGGUGACAGAGUGAGACCUUGUUCCCCCCCCCCAAAAAAAAAAUCAUUGAGGAGAAAGGAUAUCUGCUUGAAUAGGUUUUUGUUUUUUUUUUUUUUUUAGACAGAGCCUUGCUCUGUCACCCGAGCUGGAAUGCAGUGGCACAAUCUCCACUCACUGCAAACUCUGCCUGCCAGGUUCAAACGAUUCUCCUACCUGAGCCUCACAAGUAGCUGGGAUUACCAGCAUGCACCACCACGCCCAGCUAAUUUUUAUAUUUUUAGUAGAGACAGGGUUUCACCAUGUUGGCCAAGGCUGGUCUCGAACUCCUGACUUCAAGUGAUCCGCCCAUCUGGACCUCCCAAAGUGCUGGGAUUACAGGUGUGAGCCACCGCACCUGGCCCUGAAUAGGUUUUUAAUGUGGACAAAAGGGCCUUAUUCUGGAAAAAAUGCCACAAGGAACAUUUAUUAGUAAUGAAGCAAGCCCCAGGAUUUAAGGCAAGAAGGGAUAGAAGGAUAGAAUUCUACCAUUGUGUGCAAAUGCAGUUUGGGUUUAUAAUUAGGACUGCCCUUAUCUAUAAAGCUGCUAACCCCUGAGCCUUGGAAGGAAAAGAUAAACACCAGCUGCCAGUCUUUUCAUUUUACAAAAGAAAAGUUUGGACAGUGAGAACUCUUUUUCUUGAUUGGUUCCAUCAAUGCUUUGUUCCCUAAGGAAGUACCUUGCCAAUAAGGGACUGCCUUUCAAAGUUCUUUUGAUAUUAGACAAUGCCGUGAUCCCCCAUAGCCCAAUGAGUUCAACAGUAAAGGUGUUGAAGUAAUCUAUUUGCCCCCAAACACAUUUCUAAUUUAGCCUGUAGAUCAGUGGGUUAUAGGACCUUUAAGGCUCAUUACACGCGGUACCCUAUGGAAAGGAUUGUCUACAUUAUGAAAGAGAAACCCAAUAGGGAGAACAUCGUGAAAGUCUAGAAGGAUUGCACCAUUUAAGAUGCUAUUGUUACAGCCACAGAAGCCAUCAAGCUCAGAACAAUACAUUCCUGCUGGAGAAAACAGUGCCCAGAUGUUGUGCAUGACUUCACAGGGUUUAUGACAGAGCCAGUUAAGGAAAUCAUGAAAGAAAUUUGUGGGUAUGGAAAAAAAGAUGGGGGAGUGAAGAGUUUUAAAAUACAGAUCUGAGAGAAUUAAAGACUUAAUAGAUGGCACACCAGAGGAAUUAAUAAAUGACUUGAUGGAGAUGAGUGCUUCCAAACCAGUACCAGAUGAUGAGGAAAAAGACACACAAGAAGCAGUAUCAGGAAACAAAUUGAUGUUAGACAAGCUGGCAAAAUGGUUCUGAUUAUUUAGGCUGCUUUGGACUUCUUUUACAAUAUCUCCUCUUCUAUGAUACAGACACUGAAACUAAAGCAGACGGUGGAAGAAGGAAUGGUACCAUACCAAAACAUUGCUGGAGAAAUGAAAAAGCAAAAAAGUCCGGCAGAAAUUAUGAUGUAUUGCUUUUUUUUUUUUUUUUUUGAGAUGGAGUUUCGCUCUUGUUGCCCAGGGUGGAGUGCAAUGGCUUGAUUUCGACUCACCACAAUCUCUGCCUCCCCGGUUCAAGCGAUUCUCCUGCUUCAGGCUCCCGAGUAGUUGGGAUUACAGGCAUGUGCCACCACGCCCGGCUGAUUUUGUGUUUUUAGUAGAGACGGGUUUUCUCUAUGUUGGUCAGGCUGGUUACCAACUCCCAACCUCAGGUGAUCUGCCUGCCUUGGCCUCCCAAAGUGCUGGGAUUACAGGCGUGAGCCACCACACCUGGCUUAUGACGUAUUUCUAUAAAGUUACACUAAGUGUGCCUGCCUCUUCUGUCUCCCCUUCUACCUCCUCUGCCUCUGCCAUCCUUGAGACUGCAAGACCAACUCCCCUCUUUCUUCUCAGCCGACUCAAUGUGAAGACAAUGAGGAUGAAGAACUUUAUGAUGAUCCACUUCUACUAAUGAAUAAUUCCAGGAGGGCUUCGUGUAUGGACCUCAAGCGUUGGAGGUAGCAGACUUUUCAGCAGAAGGUAAACACAGAAUGGGGAAAAUGAGGAAUAGCUAAGACAGAUGUGGCACUACUUUGGCGCUAUAUUUGACAAAAACAUCAUGACGUGGUGAUACUUUGCUGAGGCUCUAAUAUGAUCAAAAGACAAAACUUGGAAGAAAAGAUGAAAAGGAAUAUGCAUUGAAGCAAAUUGAAGGCACAGGAAUAUCCAUGUCGGCUUGUAGAGAGAUUGCACUUUUGCGAGAAUUGAAGCACCCUAAUGUGAUCGCAUUGCAGAAGGUGUUCCUUUCUCACAGUGACAGGAAGGUAUGGCUGCUGUUUGAUUAUGCAGAGCAUGACUUGUGGCAUAUUAUUAAGUUUCACCGUGCAUCAAAAGCAAAUAAAAAGCCCAUGCAGUUGCCAAGAUCUAUGGUUAAAUCCUUACUUUACCAGAUUCUUGAUGGUAUCCAUUACCUCCAUGCAAAUUGGGUGCUUCACAGAGACUUGAAACCAGCAAAUAUCCUAGUAAUGGGAGAAGGUCCUGAGAGGGGGAGAGUCAAAAUAGCUGACAUGGGUUUUGCCAGAUUAUUCAAUUCUCCUCUAAAGCCACUAGCAGAUUUGGAUCCAGUAGUUGUGACAUUUUGGUAUCGGGCUCCAGAACUUUUGCUUGGCGCAAGGCAUUAUACAAAGGCCAUUGAUAUAUGGGCAAUAGGUUGUAUAUUUGCUGAAUUGUUGACUUCGGAACCUAUUUUUCACUGUCGUCAGGAAGAUAUAAAAACAAGCAAUCCCUUUCAUCAUGAUCAGCUGGAUCGGAUAUUUAGUGUCAUGGGUUUUCCUGCAGAUAAAGACUGGGAAGAUAUUAGAAAGAUGCCAGAAUAUCCCACACUUCAAAAAGACUUUAGAAGAACAACGUAUGCCAACAGUAGCCUGAUAAAGUACAUGGAGAAACACAAGGUCAAGCCUGACAGCAAAGUGUUCCUCUUGCUUCAGAAACUCCUGACCAUGGAUCCAACCAAGAGAAUUACCUCGGAGCAAGCUCUGCAGGAUCCCUAUUUUCAGGAGGACCCUUUGCCAACAUUAGAUGUAUUUGCCGGCUGCCAGAUUCCAUACCCCAAACGAGAAUUCCUGAAUGAAGAUGAUCCUGAAGAAAAAGGUGACAAGAAUCAGCAACAGCAGCAGAACCAGCAUCAGCAGCCCACAGCCCCUCCACAGCAGGCAGCAGCCCCUGCACAGGCGCCCCCGCCACAGCAGAACAGCACCCAGACCAAUGGGACCACAGGUGGGGCUGGGGCCGGGGUCGGGGGCACCGGAGCAGGGUUGCAGCACAGCCAGGACUCCAGCCUGAACCAGGUGCCUCCAAACAAGAAGCCACGGCUAGGGCCUUCAGGCGCAAACUCAGGCGGACCUGUGAUGCCCUCGGAUUAUCAGCACUCCAGUUCUCGCCUGAAUUACCAAAGCAGCGUUCAGGGAUCCUCUCAGUCCCAGAGCACACUUGGCUACUCUUCCUCGUCUCAGCAGAGCUCACAGUACCACCCAUCUCACCAGGCCCACCGGUACUGACCAGCUCCCGUUGGGCCAGGCCAGCCCAGCCCAGAGCACAGGCUCCAGCAAUAUGUCUGCAUUGAAAAGAACCAAAAAAAAUGCAAACUAUGAUGCCAUUUAAAACUCGUACACGUGGGAGGAAAACCUUAUAUACUGAGCAUUUUGCAGGACUGAUAUCUCUUCUUUAUUGACUUAAAGAAGAUUCUUGUGAAGUUUCCCCGGCACCCUUUCCCUGCAUGUGUUCCAUUGUGACUUCUCUGAUAAAGCGUCUGAUCUAAUCCCAGCACUUCUGUAACCUUCAGCAUUUUUUUGAAGGAUUUCCUGGUGCACCUUUCUCAUGCUGUAGCAAUCACUAUGGUUUAUCUUUUCAAAGCUCUUUUAAUAGGAUUUUAAUGUUUUAGAAACAGGAUUCCAGUGGUGUAUAGUUUUAUACUUCAUGAACUGAUUUAGCAACACAGGUAAAAAUGCACCUUUUAAAGCACUACGUUUUCACAGACAAUAACUGUUCUGCUCAUGGAAGUCUUAAACAGAAACUGUUGCUGUCCCAAAGUACUUUACUAUUACGUUCUUAUUUAUCUAGUUUCAGGGAAGGUCUAAUAAAAAGGCAAGCGGUGGGACAGAGGGAACCUACAACCAAAAACUGCCUAGAUCUUUGCAGUUACUGUGCUUUAUGCUAUGAAGAACUGAAGUAUGUGGUAAUUUUUAUAUAAUCAUUCAUAUGGAACUGAGUUCCCAGCAUCAUCUUAUUCUGAAUAGCAUUCAGUAAUUAAGAAUUAUAAUUUUAACCUUCAUGUAGCUAAGUCUACCUUAAGGGUUUCAAGAGCUUUGAUGAAAUACAGUCUCGAUGGCCCACACCAAAACGCUGAAGAGAGUAACAACUGUACUAGGAUUUCUUGAAGGAGUAAUUUUGAUCAAAAGACAUGUUACUUUCCUUUGAAGGAAAAGUUUUUAGUGUGUAUUGUACAUAAAGUCGACUUCUCUAAAGAACCAUUGGUUUCUUCAUAUCUGGGUCUGCGUGAGUAACUUUCUUGCAUAAUCAAGGUUACUCAAGUAGAAGCCUGCAAAUUAAUCUGCUUUUAAAAUAAAGAGCAGUGUUCUCCAUUUGUAUUUGUAUUAGGUAUAGAGUGACUAUUUUUAAAGCAUGUUAAAAAUUUAGGUUUUAUUCAUGUUUAAAGUAUGUAUUAUGUAUGCCUAAUUUUGCUGUUGUUACUGAAACUUAAUUCUAUCAAGAAUCUUUUUCAUUGCACUGAAUGAUUUCUUUUGCCCCUAGGAGAAAACUUAAUAAUUGUGCCUAAAAACUGUGGGCGGAUAGUAUAAGACUAUACUAGACAAAGUGAAUAUUUGCAUUUCCAUGAUCUAUGAAUUAGUGGCUGAGUUCUUUCUUAGCUGCUUUAAGGAGCCCCUCACUCCCCAGAGUCAAAAGGAAAUGUAAAAACUUAGAGCUCCUAUUGUAAGGUCAGGGGCAAGAAAUUUGUGUUCUUCUGAAUGCUACUAGCAGCACCAGCCUUGUUUUAAAUGUUUUCUUGAGCUAGAAGAAAUAGCUGAUUAUUGUAUAUGCAAAUUACAUGCAUUUUUAAAAACUAUUCUUUCUGAACUUAUCUACCUGGUUAUGAUACUCUGGGUCCAUACACAAGUAAAAUAAGAUUAGACAGAAGCCAGUAUACAUUUUGCACUAUUGAUGUGAUACUGUAGCCAGCCAGGACCUUACUGAUCUCAGCAUAAUAAUGCUCACUAAUAAUGAAGUCUGCAUAGUGACACUCAUCAAGACUGAAGAUGAAGCAGGUUACAUGCUCCAUUGGAAGGAGUUUCUGAUAGUUUCCUGCUGUUUUACCCCUUCCAUUUUUUAAAAUAAGAAAUUAGCAGCCCUCUGCAUAAUGUAGCUGCCUAUAUGCAGUUUUAUCCUGUGCCCUAAAGCCUCACUGUCCAGAGCUGUUGGUCAUCAGAUGUUCAUUGCACCCUCACCAUGUGCCCAGUGCCCUGCUGGGUAGAGAACACAGAGGACAGGGCAUACUUCUUGUCCUUAAGGAGCUUGUGAUCUGUGACAGUAAGCCCUCCUGGGAUGUCUGUGCCAUGUGAUUGACUUACAAGUGAAACUUUUAUAAUAUGAAGGUCUUUUUGUUUACUUCUAAACCUACUUGGGUAGUUACUAUCCCCAAAUCUGUUCUGUAAAUAAUAUUACGGAAGGGUUUCUAUGUCAGUCUACCUUAGAGAAAGCCAGUGAUUCAGUAUCACAAAAGGCAUCGAUGUAUCUUUGAAAUGUUCACAGCAGCCUUUUAACAACUGGGUGGUCCUUGUAGGCAGAACAUGCUCUCCUAAGUGGUUGUAGGAAAUUGCAAGGAAAGUAGAAGCUCUGUUCAUGCUCUCAAGGAGAUUACCUUUAAUAAAAGAAGACAAACCCAAAUAGAUAUGUAACCCAAAAUACUAUGCCCCUUAAUACUUUAUAAGCAGCAUUGUUAAAUAGUUCGCUUAUACAUUCACAGAACUACCCUGCUUUCCUUGUAUAUAAUGACUUUUGCUGGCAGAACUGAAAUAUAAACUGUAAGGGGAUUUCGUCAGUUGCUCCCAGUAUACAAUAUCCUCCAGGACAUAGCCAGAAAUCUCCAUUCCACACGUGACUGGGUUCCUAUCCCUGCACUGGUAUUGGCUCUUUUCUCCUCUUUCCUUGCCUCAGGGUUAGUGCUACCCACUGAUUCCCUUUACCCUUAGUAAUAAUUUUGGAUCAUUUUCUUUCUCUUUAAAGGGGAACAAAGCCUUUUUUUUUUUUUGAGACGGAGUGUUGCUCUGUCACCGAAGCUGGAGUGCAGUGGCACGAUCUUGGCUCACUCCAACCUCCACCUUCCAGGUUCAAGUGAUUCUCCUGCCUCAGCCUCCCAAGUAGCUGGGACUACAGGCAUGCACCACCACGUCUGGCUAAUUUUUGUAUUUUUAGUAGAGAUGGGGUUUCACCCUAUUGGUCAGGCUGGUCUUGAACUCCUCACCUCAGGUGAUCCGCCUGCCUCGGCCUCCCGAAGUGCUGAGAUUACAGGUGUGAGCCACCGCACCCGGUUGGGAACAAAGCCUUUUUAACACAACGUAAGGGCCCUCAAACUGUGGGACCUCUAAGGAGACCUUUGAAGCUUUUUGAGGGCAAACUUUACCUUUGUGGUCCCCAAAUGACUGCAUUUCUCUUUCAAAUUUAUUAGAUACUGUUGUGUCCCCCAAGGGUACAGGAGGGGCAUCCCUCAGCCUAUGGGAACACCCAAACUAGGAGGGGUUAUUGGCAGGAAGGAAUGAAUCCAAGUGAAGGCUUUCUGCUCUUCGUGUUACAAACCAGUUUCAGAGUUAGCUUUCUGGGGAGGUGUGUGUUUGUGAAAGGAAUUCAAGUGUUGCAGGACAGAUGAACUCAAGAUAAGGUAGCUUUGGCAGCAGGGCCGAUACUAUGAGGCUGAAACAAUCCUUGUGAUGAAGUAGAUCAUGCAGUGACAUACAAAGACCAAGGAUUAUGUAUAUUUUUAUAUCUCUGUGGUUUUGAAACUUUAGUACUUAGAAUUUUGGCCUUCUGCACUACUCUUUUGCUCUUACGAACAUAAUGGACUCUUAAGAAUGGAAAGGGAUGACAUUUACCUAUGUGUGCUGCCUCAUUCCUGGUGAAGCAACUGCUACUUGUUCUCUAUGCCUCUAAAAUGAUGCUGUUUUCUCUGCUAAAGGUAAAAGAAAAGAAAAAAAUAGUUGGAGAAUAAGACAUGCAACUUGAUGUGCUUUUGAGUAAAUUUAUGCAGCAGAAACUAUAAAAUGAAGGAAGAAUUCUAUGGAAAUUACAAGUCCAAAACUCUAUGAUGAUGUCUUCCUAGGGAGUAGAGAAAGGCAGUGAAAUGGCAGUUAGACCAACAGAGGCUUGAAGGAUUCAAGUACAAGUAAUAUUUUAUAUAAAACAUAGCAGUUUAGGUCCCCAUAAUCCUCAGAAAUAGUCACAAGUAUCUUAUAACAAAGUUCAUUGUUUUAGGGUUUUUAAAAUAUGUGUUGUACCUAAGGCCAUACUUACUCUUCUAUGCUAUCACUGCAAAGGGGUGAUAUGUAUGUACUAUAUGAAAAAAAACCCUUAAUGCACUGUUAUCUCCUAAAUAUUUAGUAAAUUAAUACUAUUUAAUUUUUUUAAAGAUUUGUCUGUGUAGACACUAAAAGUAUUACACAAAAUCUGGACUGAAGGUGUCCUUUUUAACAACAAUUUAAAGUACUUUUUAUAUAUGUUAUGUAGUAUAUCCUUUCUAAACUGCCUAGUUUGUAUAUUCCUAUAAUUCCUAUUUGUGAAGUGUACCUGUUCUUGUCUCUUUUUUCAGUCAUUUGCUGCACGCAUCCCCCUUUAUAUGGUUAUAGAGAUGACUGUAGCUUUUCGUGCUCCACUAUGAGGUUUGUGCUCAGAGCCACUGCACCCCAGCGAGGCCUGCUCCAUGGAGUACAGGAUGAGCUACUGCUUUGGAGCAAGGGUUUCCUGCUUUUGAGUUGACCUGACUUCCUUCUUGAAAUGACUGUUAAAACUAAAAUAAAUUACAUUGCAUUUAUUUUAUAUUCUUGGUUGAAAUAAAAUUUAAUUGACUUUG